AUGAACACUGAAGAGGAAGUUGUCACCCGACGUUCAAUUCUACAAAAUACAACUCUUUCAAACGUGGAGUCUAAGAGAAAAGUGAAAUGUGUUGAGCUCAACAAACAUAGAACAGCAGACCCACUUUUCUGGUCAUUGGGUAUGAAGUGCAACUCAAGUCAUCCUCAUGCAAACCUAGACCAACUUGGCUCAACUCCAUCAACCCUAUUCACAGCACACAAGCAAUUAUAUAAAGCUUCAAAACCAUUCCACACUAACAUAUCCUCUGAGAAGCCUCUGUAG